CAGGUAGAUGUGGUCCGGGUGAACGUAAGGAGUGACUCAGAGGAUCUUCAGUAUCCAGUCUUAUUUGUAGUUCGACAGCAAAAGGGGGUGCUAUCUUGGCAGGUCCCUCUUAUUUUCCGAGGCCUUUACCAAAGAAGUUACAACUACCAGGAAGUGAGCCGCACCCUCUGCCCAUCUGAACCGUUGCCUGAGAGUGAACCUUCAGAGCAGAUCAUAUAUGUAGAUGUGGCAUCUCUUGCCCCUUAUGAUGCCUACUAUACACCUUAAGUUACGCUGCCUGGUGAGUUUUGAACUUAGCACAAACUCUGCUUUCAGAUUCCAGGCCAGCCCUUCCGAGCCUCAGUAUUUUCUGUACAAGUUCCCUCCAGAUGUGGAUUCUGUUAUUGUCAAAGUGGUUUCUAAUGCCGCCUACCCUUGUUCUGUUGUCUCCAUCCAGGAUAUUGUGUGCCCAGUUUACGAUUUGGACCACAACGUGGAAUUUAAUGGGGUCUACCAAUCCAUGACGAAACAGGCCGCCAUCACCGUACAGAAAAAAGACUUUCUGGGUGAGCAGUUCUUCGUCGUCUUUGUCAUAAAGCCCGAGGACUAUGCCUGUGGUGGUUCCGUGCCUUCCUCCGUUCAAGAUAAGACUAACCUUACUUGGAACCUCAAGCGGAUGAAGAGUCUGGAAGUUACAGUUGUACCUUCCAUUAAAGCAUCUGUUUAUGUGAACGCCAUCCUCUUCAGCUUCCUGAGUUUCUUCUCAUUCUACUUGGGCUCACUGGUGGUUGCCUUUGUGCACUAUAUCAGGGGCUGGAGGACGAGUUUCAGCGGAGGUGCCAGUCCUGAUGAGGGUUCUGGGACUGCGACGACUUCUCAGCCGAUCACUGUCACCAACACUGAGGGAAGCAGUUACGGAGCUAUAGAUGAGUCGAGCUCUAGUGGGGGCCAGCAACUAUCUCCGUUGGACCAUAAGGCCGCUUACGGCUCUGACACAGACAGCUCAGUGGAAGAAGAAAGCGAUUUUGACACAAUGCCCGAAAUUGAAAGCGAUAAGAAUGUCAUCCGCACAAAGGUAUUUCUCUAUCUCUCAGAUUUAUCUAGGAAAGACCGGAGGAUUGUCAGCAAGAAGUAUAAAAUUUAUUUCUGGAACAUCAUCACCAUCGCUGUCUUCUAUGCCCUGCCCGUGGUCCAGUUGGUGAUCACGUACCAGACAGUGGUGAAUGUGACAGGAAAUCAGGACAUCUGCUAUUAUAACUUCCUUUGCGCUCACCCCUUGGGGGUCCUCAGUGCUUUCAACAACAUCCUCAGCAACAUGGGCCACGUCCUGCUGGGCUUGCUCUUCCUGCUGAUCGUGCUGCGCCGAGACAUUCUCCAUCGACGCUGCUUGGAAAACAGAGAUAUCUACACGAUGGAAUAUGGGAUCCCGAAGCACUUUGGCCUCUUCUACGCCAUGGGGAUUGCGUUGAUAAUGGAAGGCGUCCUCAGCGCUUGCUAUCACGUCUGUCCCAACUACUCCAACUUCCAGUUCGACACCUCCUUCAUGUACAUGAUUGCUGGGCUCUGCAUGCUGAAGCUGUACCAGACCCGCCACCCGGACAUCAACGCCAGUGCCUAUUCCGCCUACGCGUCCUUUGCGGUGGUCAUUUGCCUCGCUGUCCUUGGAGUGGUUUUUGGUAAAAACUCAGUGUGGUUUUGGGUUUUCUUCUCCAUCGUCCAUGUUGUGGCUUCACUUGCUCUCAGCACCCAGAUUUACUAUAUGGGCCGUUUCAAAAUCGAUGUCUCUGACCCAGAUCUGGGGAUUUUCCGGCGUGCGUUCAUGGUGCUGUACACGGAUUGCUUUCAGCAGUGUAGCCGGCCAAUGUACAUGGACAGAAUGGUCCUCCUGGUUGUUGGGAAUCUGGUGAACUGGUCUUUUGCCAUUUUUGGACUGGUGUAUCGGCCAAAGGAUUUUGCUUCAUACCUUCUGGGCAUCUUUAUCUGUAACCUUCUGCUGUACUUGGCAUUUUAUGUCAUCAUGAAGCUGCGGAGCUCCGAGCGGCUGCUGCCCGUCCCUCUGUUCUGCAUCGUGGCCACAGCUGUUAUGUGGGCAGCGGCGCUUUACUUCUUCUUCCAAAACCUCAGCAGCUGGGAGGAAACCCCAGCCGAAUCUCGAGAAAAAAACCGUCCCUGCAUCCUCAUGGGAUUCUUCGACGACCACGACGUCUGGCAUUUCCUCUCAGGCGCUGCCUUGUUCUUCUCCUUUCUGGUCCUUCUGACCCUCGACGACGACUUGGACUCUGUGCGGAGAGACAGGAUCCCCGUCUUUUGAGCCAUGGGCGGAGGGCAUACAUGGCCUUCCGCUUUGCUCACAGAAACACAGAAUGCUGCUAGCCUGUGCCCCAGUGGAAAACAGAUCUGUCAGUGCAGGCUGAGCACUCGCUGGGAAGAGAACUGCCCUUCCCCGGGUGGUGUAUUUGGAAGCUGCUUGGGGCGGGGGGGGGGGGCGGGGGGUGAGAAUCUAAAUGGAGAGACGGGAUCUCCUACUUCCCACGAGCUGGUUCAGACCAAAGGAUUGAAAUUAUAGCACAAAGGCUGGAGGCAAGAAACACAGUGGCAGGCUUCAGAUCCUCCCCAGGAUUUCAGCAUCCCAUGUUGGAGGAGAGUGCUAGAGCCAGGAACUAGCGGCCUAGAAAGAGCGUGAUUUCAAGUGAUCCCAUGUACUGAAUAAACAAAGCCAGGAUGCAUGGUCCAACAGAGAUGCGGAGGUCCAGUUCAGAGUCUUCAACCUGAAUGGAUGCCGGAAGCUGCCAUCCUUCCUUGCCCCGCUCCCUUCUGCCUCCGACCACCGCUUGAUUCGUUCGCAUCGGUUUACAUUAGAAAAUCCAACAAGAGUAUUGUCUAAGGCUUCCGCUGCCGGAAUGAACCGGCUCUUGUGGGUUUUCCGGGCGGCGUGGCCGUGGUCUGAUAGUUUUUGCUCCUAAUGCGCAGAGCAGACACUACCAGACGGUGGCCGCACAGCUCGGAAAAACCACAACAGCCAAACAAGAGUCUUGCAACUUCUUAAAGAUUAACGACGUGUAUUUCAACACAAGCGUCUGUGAGCCAGAGCUCAUGUCAUCGGACACAAGCGCCACUUCCGGACCACUCCUGUCAGGGCUGAAUUGUGUUAGUCUUCAAGAUGCCGUGGGUCUCCUGUGUUAUGUUGCUGCUACAGACCACCAUGGCUAUUCAUCUGGAGUUUACAUUAGAGCAUCUCGUUUGCAUCUGCCACAAAACACGGGAAGUCAGCUGGGGCUUACAAAUAUACAUAUAUUUCUUCGUAGCGGGAAUGAUUCUCACCAUGAGAGCCACAAGGGUGGGGGGUGGGGUGGGGGUCAGCUGCAGAAGACGGAUCUCAGAAACAGCUUCUCCUGUCUGGACGCUUCCCCAAAUAACAUACCAGCGAGCUUCAUUGCCAUCUGGAACCUUCCUAAAUAACGUAAGGACUAAAGUUAUCACACCAGGUGGAGUCAGACGGGCGUUUGCUUCUCGCCAAAGGGAAAAAGAGGUCAGAUGCUGAAGAUACUUGUUAUUGAUCUGAUACUUCAGGGUCAUUGGCUGUCACUCAACUCCUGCCAUCCACCCUAGAUGAGAUAUUGCUGCGGGCAACAUUCUUCGAUGCCCCCCCCCCCCCCAAGCUCCAGUUAGGCAUUUGCACUAAGGAAUUUGGGUUUUUUUUCUCCCCAAGACAGACAUUGUUCUGAGAAGACGGACAGGAGACAGCGUUGGGGGUUCUUUCCGUGUCGUUACCCAGUUUGUUUUUUAAAAUAUAUAUAUAUUAUUAUACAUAACAAGAAUUGUGUACAUGUCGUGUCUUGUUUUGCUAAAUUUUUGAAUUAAAAAAGAGAUCUCGCUGUCA